UAAUAAUGGGUUAUUGGAGUUUGCUUUUCUUCCUUUCUCAUAUCCUGUUCCUAAACUCUGUUCGAUUCACCAAUGCCCAGCCUGAUUUCCAAGGCUACGUCUGUGGACUCAAUGUUACUACGGCGGAGAUGUUUGAGGCAAAUAAGAACACCACCCAUACUACCCCCACGUAUGAGUCAAAUAAGAACACCCUCCUAUCCUCUCUCUCCAAUAUCGGUAGAUACGGCUUUUACCAAGCUUCUUUUGGAGAAAACUCUGAUAGAGUUAACGCGAUCGCCCUUUGUCGUGGAGAUGUUGAGUGGGAUAUCUGUCGCAGUUGUGUCGACGACGCUGCUCAUAAGCUCCCACAAGUUUGUGGAAACUAUAGUCAGGCAAUCGGAUGGUACGAUUAUUGCAUGACAAGGUUCUCAAAUGAGACUAUAUUUCACACUGUCCACACUGAUCAAGCUGUGUAUACUUGGAACCAAAAUAAUGUGUCAGACUCAGACGUUGUUGAGUUUAAUCAGGAUCUGAGAACCUUGUUGGAUAGACUAAAGGGGCAAGCGGCAUCAGGUGAUUCUUUGCUCAAGGUUGCUACUGGAAACAUAAAUGGGCCUGGCUUUGAUACAAUAUAUGCACUUUCGCAAUGCACUCCUGAUUUAUCUCAAGACGAUUGUAUCAACUGUCUAAAUGAGGCUGCUAGACAACACCAGGUCUGUUGUACUAGAAGAUUAGGAGCGAGAAUUCUAACACCGAGCUGUAAUUUUAGGUUUGAGAACGUGCGUUUCUAUAAUGAUACACCAACUCGAGGAGGCAAAGACAAUAACACAGCUCGUACUAUCUACGCUAUUGUUAUUUCAACAGUCAUCUCUGUGAUUCUUGUCGUUUUCAUUUGCAUCUUUCUAAGAAAGAGGAAGCAGAGGAAACAGAGGAAGCCAGAACAUAAAGUUGAGGACGAUGAUGAAAUCACCAUCCUAGAAACCUUGCGUUAUGAUUUUGGUACAAUCGAAACUGCUACAAAUAACUUUUCUGACAAGCUUGGAGAAGGUGGAUUUGGGCCUGUUUACAAGGGUACACUUCCAAACGGAAAGGAAAUAGCUGUGAAAAGGUUGUCCAAAGGUUCUGGACAAGGUGAACAAGAGUUUAGGAAUGAAGUCUUAUUGGUGGUGAAGCUUCAGCACAGAAAUUUAGUUAAGCUUGUAGGUUUCUGCCUGGAAGGAACAGAAAGACUUCUCGUAUAUGAGUUUUUGCCCAAUAAAAGUCUUGAUCAUUUCAUAUUUGAUCCAAUUAAACGAUCACAUUUAGAUUGGGAUACGCGCUACACAAUCAUAGGAGGCAUUGCUAAGGGACUUCUUUACCUUCAUGAAGGUUCUCAACAUCAAAUUAUUCAUCGUGAUCUCAAAGCUAGUAAUAUUCUGUUAGAUGCAGAUAUGAACCCUAAAAUUUCGGAUUUUGGGAUGGCAAAGCUUUCUGUGCAUGAUGAAACUCACGGCAACACGAAUAGGAUUGCGGGGACUUUGUAAGUAUCAAAUGAAUCUUUGCUUAUAUUUGUUAAAUCCUCUUGUAUAGAUUAUCUAUCAUCGAAGUAGCACAAAAGUUCUACAGAUUCUGUAGGUAAUAUUGAAGAUACAAAUUAGUUACUUGAAAUCUCUUGGGAAGAAUAUAAGAGGUUUAAGUUGUAGCCUAUCUUCAAGCCUAAAUAUGGUCUUCAGCUUCUAAUACUAAUUGUCAGCUACGACUAAAAAAUUGCAGUGGAUAUAUGGCACCAGAAUACGUAAUGCAUGGAGAAUUCUCUGUUAAGUCAGAUGUCUUCAGUUUUGGAGUGUUAGUUCUAGAGAUUGUAAGUGGUAAAAAAAACAACUCUUUUCGAGAAGGGGAGAAUGAAAAGGAUCUCCUUAGCUAUGUAAGUAUAAAUAAGGAUAUGAUUCAAUAGUAGCCUGGUUGCAGGCAUUAUAAUCCAAUGAAAACUUGUAAUUGCUGAUGUUGCAUUCUUGUAGGCUUGGAAAAAUUGGCAACAGAGUACGACUUCAAAUCUGAUAGAUCCCGAAUUGAUUGGGUGCUCAAAUUCAGUUCAAGACAUAAUGAGAUGCAUUCAUAUUGGACUGCUAUGUGUUCAGGAUAAUGUAGCAAAUAGACCAACUAUGGCUUCAGUUUUUCUGAUGCUUAAUAGCUUCUCUCUCACUCUCACAGUACCUUCAGAACCCGGAUUUUUCAUAUUCAAUCAUGGUGAUUCGAAAAUGCCAUUGCAUCAGUUGCAUAAUUUAGAAGCAACUCAAUCCAUCAGUCAGAAAGUCAAUCCUAACCUUUGUUCAGCGAAUGAGGCUUCAAUCACUGAAUUAUAUCCUCGAUAGUAUUUCAGAUUACAAAUUUUAGGAAUAAAGAUAUUGACAC